UAGCAGGGAACGCGGAAUCAGUAGAAGCGGAGAACACGAGAGUUGAGGUGGAAACACCGGCGACUGCGGGAGAGAGCGAUACUCACCACAGAAACCGCUUUUAAAAUAUCACAUUUUUGGUGUAACGUAUUUACUUUUAUUUUACGUCGUAAAAUAAGAUGCCCGUUUGAGUGGAUAAAACCGAAGCACCAACCAAAAGGGGGAUUUUUGUGUUUUCUCCGACUUGACUCGAAUUAGUCGGGAUUUGAGGAUGUCGGGGAGCCGGGAGGAGGAGCGGCGGAAACUCGCCGACAUCAUCAACCACUGGAACGCCAACCGGCUCGACCUGUUCGAGAUCAGCCAACCGACGGAGGACUUGGAGUUCCAUGGCGUGAUGCGAUUUUACUUCCAGGACAGGAUGGCGGGGAACUUCGCCACAAAGUGCAUCCGAGUGUCCAGCACGGCAACCACACAAGAUGUGAUAGAGACGCUGGCGGAGAAGUUUAGGCCAGAUAUGAGGAUGCUGUCGGCUCCAAAAUACUCCCUCUACGAAGUCCACGUCAGUGGCGAAGAGAGAAAACUGGACCUGGACGAGAAGCCAUUGGUCGUGCAACUCAACUGGAACAAAGACGACAGAGAGGGGCGCUUCGUACUAAAGAACGAGAACGACAUCAUGCCCAAGAGGAUACUGACGAAUGGCCCAGAGAAAGAGAAGGAGGGGGUGAUCCAGAACUUCAAAAGAACACUGUCCAAGAAGGAGAAGAAGAAAGAGAAGAAGAGGGAGAAAGAGGCCUUUUCCAGAAUUUCAGAUGGAGACGAGCACACACUGUACCGAGAAGAUGGUGAGAACUCCAGGUUAGCGGCUGAGGUAUAUAAGGACAUGCCAGAGACCAGUUUUACAAGAACUAUCUCUAACCCAGAGGUGGUAAUGAAGAGAAGACGACAGCAGAAGCUGGAGAAGAGGAUGCAGGAAUUCCGGAGCGGAGAUGGUCGUCCGGACUCAGGGGGGACUCUGAGGAUCUACGCUGAUAGUCUUAAGCCCAACAUUCCUUACAAGACCAUCCUGCUCUCUACCUCUGAUAUGGCUGACUUUGCCGUGGCCGAGGCCCUGGAAAAAUAUGGUCUGGAUAAGGAGAACCCUAGAGAUUACUGCAUCGCCCAGGUUAUUCACGUAAAUGAUAAACCAUUAAAGGAGACCAUCCUGGAUGACACAGAUUGCCCUCUGCAGAUCCUCAGAGACUGGACAAGUGAUAAAGAGGCCUUGGUGUUCCAGCUGAAAAAGCGCCCUCCAGACUACGUUGCAAGGAAAGGGCGUAAGCCCGACAACAGAAUGGGGCCACAACACGGAUCAAUUCCUCCUGAGAAACUGCCCUACCUGGUUGAACUCAGCCCAGACGGAUCAGACUCCAGGGAUAAACCCAAACUCUACCGACUUCAGCACAGUGUUACUGAGGUCGGUUCUGAACAGAGUGAAGAUGGAAAUAUCCAGCUGUUUGGGCCUGGAAUUCUUCCUCACCACUGUGACCUGAUGCAUGCGGAUGGGCUCGUGACCGUGACCCCGGUCAGUUUAGAUGCUGAGACCUUUGUGGAUGGACAACGGAUUUCUGACACUACGAUCCUGCGCAGCGGUGUGACCGUCCAGUUUGGGGCCACUCAUGUCUUCAAAUUUGUGGACCCCAGCUAUGACCACAGCAUGUCCAAGAGAGACCUGGGGCCAAUGAUGAAGGGCAGAAACAAAUCAGGCAGCAUCCCAGAGACAACCUUUGACCUUCAUGGGGACAUUCAUAGUGGCUCUGCACUCCCUACAAGCAAGAGCUCAGGGAAGCUUGAGAUGGAACGUUCAGGAAACGGCAGUGAAAGAGGCCUGGUUAAACCCAUGAUCAGAGGAGAACAGCAAGACUUCAGCAAACAUGACGGAAGGUCCCAGGAUGGACCCGAGCUCACGUUGCCGGCGAGCAUCGAGUUCAGAGAAAACUCUGAGGAUGCCUUCCUGUCCGCCAUCAUAAACUACACCAACAGCUCCACAGUGCACUUCAAACUUUCCCCCACCUACGUGCUGUACAUGACCUGCCGUUACGUCAUGUCCAAUCAGUACCGACCCGACAUCAGCCCCUCAGAGCGCACGCACAAGGUCAUUGCCAUCGUCAACAAGAUGGUGAGCAUGAUGGAAGGAGUUAUCCAGGAGAUUGCUGAAGGUGAACAGAAACAGAAGAAUAUUGCUGGGGCUCUGGCUUUUUGGAUGGCCAAUGCUUCAGAGCUUUUGAACUUCAUCAAGCAGGACAAGGAUCUGAGUCGCAUCACGCUAGAUGCACAGGAUGUCCUUGCUCACCUAGUUCAGAUGGCUUUCAAAUACCUUGUGCACUGUCUGCAGUUGGAUCUGAAUAACUACAUGCCUGCUUUCCUUGAAGAUCCUGAUGAACAGAACCCACAGAGGCCCAAGAUUGAGGACGUUCUGCACACGCUAACGGGUGCCAUGUCUCUUCUACGCCGCUGCCGUGUCAAUGCGGCCCUCACCAUCCAGCUGUUCUCCCAGCUCUUCCACUUCAUCAACAUGUGGCUGUUUAACAAGCUGGUGAUGGAGGCCGACUCAGGCCUGUGCUCACACUACUGGGGCGCCAUACUACGACAACAGCUCAGCCACAUCGAGGCGUGGGCUGAGAAACAGGGCCUGGAGCUGGCCGCAGACUGCCACCUCAGCCGAAUAGUGCAGGCAACAACGCUGCUCACUAUGGACAAAUACUCCAUGCAAGACGUCCAGAACAUCAACAACACCUGCUUCAAGCUCAACUCUCUGCAGCUCAACGCUCUGCUGAGCAACUACCACUGCGCUCCUGAUGAGCCGUACAUUCCUCCUGAGCUGAUAGAUCACGUGGUGGCUGUGGCCGAGAACACGGCAGAUGAACUGGCCCGAAGCGACGGGCGCGAGGUGCAGCUGGAGGAGGACCCUGACCUGCAGCUGCCUUUCCUGCUGCCUGAAGACGGCUACUCAUGUGACGUGGUGCGAAACAUUCCCAACGGAUUCCAGGAGUUUCUAGAACCGCUUUGCCAGAGAGGAUUCUGUAGAUUGACCCCUCAUCCACGCUCUCCUGGAACUUGGACCAUCUAUUUUGAAGGAGCUGAUUGUGACAGCCACUUCUCGACCGACAACUCAGAACUGCCAAUGCAGAAGGAACCAGAAGUUGUGACUGUGACUUUGAAGAAACACAAUGGCAUGGGCCUCAGUAUUGUGGCGGCCAAGGGUGCCGGCCAGGACAAACUCGGCAUUUACAUCAAGUCUGUUGUCAAAGGAGGUGCAGCAGACAUGGAUGGGCGUCUGGCUGCUGGAGACCAGUUACUCAGCGUGGAUGGACGAAGUCUGGUCGGCCUCUCACAGGAGAGGGCAGCAGAAUUGAUGACACGAACCGGCUCAGUCGUUACGCUCGAGGUGGCCAAACAGGGAGCCAUUUACCAUGGGCUAGCCACACUCCUGAAUCAGCCGUCCCCCAUGAUGUCCCGUGCGUCAGACCGUGGACGUGGGGACAAGGGGAAAGGCAGACCAAAGAGCGAGGGCUUUGAGCUCUACAACAACUCUGUGCAGAACGGCUCACCUGAGAGUCCUCAAGGCACAUGGGAUGCCUACCCAGAACCAAAGAAGGAGGACAGGCUACUAAAGAACCGUGCAGACCACCGGUCCAGCCCAAAUGUGGCUAACCAGGCACCGAUUCCAGGAGGGAAACCUGUUUACCCAGGAGCACCAGGAAAGAUCACUUCGGUCUCAACGGGUAACCUCUGCCCUGACGAGGAGCCAUCUCCACCCCAUCCAGAGGCAUAUCCAAUUCCCACUCAGACGUACCCAAGAGAAUAUUUCACUUUUCCAGCCUCUAAAUCUCAGGACAGGAUGGGCCCUGGCCAGCCUUGGCAAAAUAACGAACAGGAGACUCUACCCCCUAUGGAUAACCACACUAACAACAACAUGUCUAUGCAGCGGGUUGUACGCUCUCAGGAGGAUCUGUGUGAUGUGCCCGGUGGUUUCCCAGGCGACCACCUGUGCCAGGAAGACCUGAUGCACUUGCAGCAGCAUCAGCUUGAGGCUGAGUACCAGCGAGGAGGUGGAGGCGAGCACUGGAACCACCAAGUGUCGUCCUCGGUGGAGUCCAGCACCUCCAGCCAAGAGCACCUAAAUUUUUCCUCCUCUUCCUCCAGGAACCAGGACAACCACAAGAGUGGUCCUGGACGCUGGAAGACCCCAAUAGCCCCCCACUCCGGCCCCGUGAGUGUCUCCCAACCCUCCCGUUCUGAUCUACCCCCACCCCCUCCUCCGCCAGCACACUACGACUAUGAGGCUGACCUGCCCCUUCCUCCCCCACCUUCUGUCUCGCAACAACAGGUAGCAGCCGCCGCAGCCAGUGCUGACCGCAAGAAACGCGAAGAGCAACAACGUUGGUAUGAGAAGGAGAAAGCUCGGCUUGAAGAAGAGCGAGAGAGGAAAAGAAGAGAUCAGGAGAGGAAGUUGGUGCAGAUUCGGAACCCACCUGGCCCCGUUAUACACAACAACCAACAUGGCCCCCUACCACCUGCCACUCAACACCAGCAGAUGCCCCAUCCACAGCCUCCAGUCCAGGUGCCCCAACCCUACCUGCCCCUAGUCCAGCCACCCCAACCACAGCCACCACAACCAGCCCGACCCGACAAACUGUCCAGCCUUCCUCGCCAGCCCCCGAAGUCCCAGGACACAGUUAUCCAUGACCUCCUACCCCAGCAACAACCACGCACAAUCGAGAGACGCGACCUGCAGUACAUCACCAUCAGUAACGAGGACCUUUCUGCCAGUGAUAGCCUCUCCCCGGACCCCUGGAAGAGGGACGCCCGUGAGAAACUGGAGAAGCAACAGCAGCUUCACAUUGUUGAUCUUCUGGACAAGGAGAUCCAGGAUUUGCAGGCCAAGCCUGAGCGCACACCGGAGGACAACGAUCGACUGCGCAAACUCAUGCUGGAGUGGCAGUUCCAGAAGAGACUGCAGGAGUCCAAGCAGAAUGAGGAGGAUGAGGAAGAGGAUGAUGAUGAAGAUGUAGACACCACGCUAAUCAUGCAGAGACUGGAGGCGGAGAAGAGAGCACGGCUACAGGACGAGGAGCGACGACGGAAACAGCAGCUGGAGGAAAUCCGUAAGCGUGAGGCAGAAGAGCGAGCCAAACAGGAGGAGGAGAGACGCUGGAGAGAGGAGGAGAGAGCCAGACGAGAGGCUGAGGAGAAGAGGAGACAGGAGGAAGAGUACUACACCCGCCUGGAGGCAGAGCGGCGCCGGCAGCACGAGGAAGCCGAGCGCAAGCUGCUGACGCCAGAUGAGCCUGGUCUGUACAGACCCCCCCUCCCCCGGGACUACCAGCCCCCUUCUCCCGCAUAUGCCCCUGCCACUAACAGCAACAGUGCCCCUCCACCCCCGCCUCAGAGAAAUACCUCCUACCUCAAAACCCAGGUCACUUCCCCCGACACAAUGUACACUGCCAAGUUUGUCUCAUACAAUGACGACGACGACGAGGAGGACGACCCGGGCCUAACAGGUCAGGUUAAGCUUUCGGCCACCCGGAAGUCCUAUGGUGACCUUCCCCCCACCCCAAAGCCCCAGCCGCCGCCAACCGCGCGCAAGCCCCGCCCUGUCUCAGAUGGCAUCUUUCUGUCCAGCUCAUUCCAGCUGCCCGCCGCGGCCAAUGCCAACAGUACCGCUACCAAGGCAGGGCAGCCCCCUCCCCCUCCCGCCAAACCAAGCUUCAUAUCAUCAGCCAACUCGAAAGGAUUUAAUUCAUACACUGGAAACUCUACAGGACUAGGAUCAGGAGAAGUUUACAAGGACCUGCGAGAGAAAUGGACGAAAGGUGGUCCCGACCAGGAGAACACAAUAAGUGGAGCCCCAGAAAAUUUAACAUUUAAGGAGCGCCAGAGACUCUUCUCCCAAGGAAAGGAAGUGUCAAACAAGGUGAAAGCUUCCCGGAAGCUCAUGGAACUGGAGAAUGAACUUAACAUAAAACAGUAGCAAAAAGCCCAAGCAGGACUUAUUGCCAAUAUCCAACCCAUCCCUGGAAAAUCAUCAUCUAGCUAGAGCUUCCCACUCAUUUUCCGAGUUUUGUUUUGGUUUUAUUGAACUGGACGGUUAAGAAUCAUUUAGCUGCAUUGUUGCAAUAAGAGACAAUAGUCCGUAAAUUCCCUCAAAAGUAUCAAAUAUAUAUUAUAAUAAAGCACUGUACAUUGUUUUAAUUAUAUUGAUAAGAAAAUUGAAAUGACAUGAAGGGGGUAUAUUUUUGUUUGUGAGAUUUUAUUCCCCAAAAAACCUGCAGUCUUUGCUCAUUUAAUUUUUUUUAAUUGGCAGUCAUGUGGGAUAUUUUAUUAUUAUUAUUUUAUGAUAUUUCUACAUAUUUCCACUUUGUUUUUGAGCAAGUGCCGAUAUAAUAGAAUAACAUUAGCAUCUCCGCAGUACAGAACAGGGGACAGAAUUGGUCGUGUAUAUUAUCGAACAGAUGAAUGAAACCUAUAUAGGAAGCUUUCAUUUUUCUUGUCGCACUUUUUUUGUCAUUCUUGUCCCUCCACAUUCACUGAUACACAGGCACCUUUCCAACACACCUUGUGUCUGCAUUCAAAUAUUAUUAUUAUUUUUUUUUUAUCAAUAAUGUGCUUUCAUAACCUUUGCGUGAGCCAUUUGUGAAUUGUAUUUUUUCUCUUUUUACUGGACCGUCUUCAAGUCUGUCAUUCCACGAGUGCUGAGGGUUACCACUUUUAUAACGUUUAGAGUUUUCUAAUUCCCCACAUUUUGUUUGGACGAUGAAUAAGCCACUGACACAGCAGCCAGCUGACACUGGCGAAGUUUGAUGGAAGUAUAAUGUAAAAAAUAUGAUUUAAAUAAAGAGGAUUGUCAUAAUGAAACACAGGAGCCUUUUGAUUAGGAGGUAUUUAUUUGAACCAUAUUGACAUAGUUACGAAUUUGUUUGUAUUUAUAUGUCUGGUCAGUCUGCAGUUGAAAUUUGACGCAAGAGCAACAAACGUGACGAUUAUAUGUGUUCUGUAGUUUCUGUCAGAGUAAGCCACUAUUCCUCUUUAAUUGUGUGUUGACUAGGUCCCCUCAGUUUACAGUAUUGCAGACUUUAUUUAAAUGAAAGAUCUGGUUGUCUUCAAAGUUUGAAACACCCACAUCUUUCCAUUCAUAGAGACCUGUUGGCACCUGUGUAAAUAAUUUUCCAGAGAACACAACUUUGUAAAUUCAAAUGAUGCAUAAAGGUAAUGUGUCUAUCUUUUGUCGAUUCUUUUUUUUUUUUUUUACUUUAAAAACCAUAAACUGACACAUAUUUGCCAUCGUGUUUUCAUUUUAGGUUAAAGAUUAAUUCAUUUGAUUCAUUUUAAUGGUUGUUCCAUACUGUAGGCUUUUGUAAAUCAUAAAUAAAUAAGGAUUUUACAACAACAACAACAAAAAGCUGAAAACUGUCUGGGUGUUUUGUAAGAAUUGUUUAUGGGGAUGGUUGAAGUCCACACAUAGUUGUUGCUACAAGAAUAAGGAGUGCAAAUAAAUAUUUAAAUAAUUACAUUAUUGGUUUGUUUGUUUAAAAAUGAAGUGAAUUAAAUCCCUAAAUAAUUCAAUUAAAUUGUAGAACUACUUUGCAUCCAUUUUCAUUUUAACAUAAUUUUUUGGUUAAUUUUUCAUUUAGGCAUGAGCUUGGUGUCUUUUAGUUCACAGGAUUAUGGUUAUUGGCACUAUAUUCGAUGACAGGCACCUUUCAAAGUUGGACAUCCUCUUCCAUAAUGACCUUCUUUCCCAGACCUAAGCCAAUGUUACUGUCAUUUUACAGCAUUUAUUUCUGCCAACAUUUCUCUUACUUUUUCUACAUGGUUUAAAAUGUAUUUAAGUAAAUUAAUUUAUUUUAGUAAAAUAUAUUUAAUUACUUGAUUUGGUGUAAUUUGGCCCUCCAUACAAAGAAUUGUCAAUUGGCUCAAUGGCAAAUAAGAAUGUCCAACGUCCAUUUAUUUUUUAUGUAAUUUAAAAUGUGUUCUUAGCAAUACAGUUUUUAUUUUAUUUUUUAUAUUAUUUUCAUCAAAAAUUGUAUUAUAUUAUUAAUAACAUCAAGUGGAGGGGCCUGGGUAUCUCAGCUCGUUAAUCGUAUCACGUCUUUGACCCAAUUUAUAUUGCAUUUAAGAUUAACUAGACUAUU